GCAUGCAGUGGGGACCCAUACUCAUGUUGUUCCAGCAGUUCAUAGCCAAUGGGAACAAGCUGUUCGGAUUGAGUUAACGAGAGGAGGAGAGCCGGGGGAUUCCGACCGACAUAAGGUAACGGUGCGCGUCCUGGUCACAAAAGGAGGACCCAGCCAUUGCGCUGCGCAGCAGAGAACCUAGCCUGCAUCGUCUGAAGUUUACCUGCAGGGUUGUGGACUUUUGCAAAAAAGGAAAAGUGGUGUAGUUGAUUUCUGGCGUGAGUUACACACUAACUGGAAACAUGGAAACCAAAGCGGCGGACUUCUCUGGAACUUGGAAAAUGAAAAGUUCAGAAAACUUUGAGGAGCUUUUAAAAGCGUUGGGAGUGAAUGUGUUUCUUCGAAAGAUUGCGGUGGCAGCAGCGUCGCGGCCAGCGGUGGAGAUCUCCCAGCAAGGCGAGACUCUGUCCAUCCAGACCUCCACCAGCGUGCGCACCACCCACAUCUCCUUCACCGUGGGACAGUCCUUCAACGAGACCACCGUGGACGGACGCCCAUGCACGAGCCUUCCGCGCUGGGAGACAGAAAGCAAGAUAGUGUGUGAGCAGACGCUUCAGAAGGGAGAGGGCCCCAAGACGGGGUGGACGCGAGAACUUACUAACGACGGAGAGUUAAUCCUGACGAUGACCUGUGGGGACGUUGUAUGCACCCGAGUAUAUGAGAGAGAAUGAAAACCGACCAUCUCGACCAGUAGUACGUCUGUGUUUACUGCAUCCUCAGCUGUUGACAAUCUUCAUUUUGGUCCAUUAUGUACAAACAAUCUGUGUGACCAGUUACAAACAAAGUUACAAAGUUACAAACUUUUGCAUUGUUUUGACUUCUUGUCAUUUAUAUACUAUGCAUGUGUAUGUCAUUUUUUUCCCUUUUGCAAUGCGUGCCUUUUUCAGAAAAAGAAAAAACAAAUCUGUAUUUAUUCCAGUUGUUUGUCUGUGUGAGAAUGAAUGGAUUCCUAUCAAUAAAAAAAUAAAUGAAAAACGAGGAUGUUUUGUCUAAAAAAAGUGAAAGUAGUUAGUUAUUUCUUGAGUGUCAGUGCAUUUGCUGCUGAGGUAGCCAUGCUUACAUGAGACAGAAAUCUGAUAUGUGUUCCCUCCCCUCCUAUCAGACUGAUCUCUGGGCCUAAUUUUCACUCUCCCUCUCUCCACUCCUGCUCCAUCUCUCUCUCACUGACUCUUGGUCCAACUCUUCUCUAUUGCUUUCUCCACUCUCCUUUCUCUCACACUCCUGCCCCUCUCCCUCUCCCUCCUCUGUCUUCACUGCUCCCCACCCCUGUCUUUCGCGCCAUCCAUAAUUCCAUGUUUCCUUAUCGGU